AUGAAUCAAGAGAAGAUGAAGGCUUCACAGAGCAAGAAGAAGAGAUAUCAUGAUAAGCGAAGGAAAGGUCUAGAGUUUCGAGAAGGUGGUCAUGUUUUUCUGAGAGUCACUUUUAUGACCGGUGUGGGUCAUGCUCUGAAGUCUAAGAAAUUGACUCCUCGCUUCAUUGGACCCUAUCAAAUUACCCAGAAGAUUGGAGUUGUUGUUUACCAUGUGGCACUACCCCCAUCUCUUUCGAAUCUGCAUGAUGUGUUCCAUGUGUCACAACUUCGGAAAUAUAUCCAUGAUUCAUAUCACGUGAUACAAAUGGGUGAUGUACAAGUUCAGGAUAAUCUGACUGUUGAAGUGUCACCUAUUCGGAUCAAGGAUAGAGAAGUGAAUCAACUACGGGGUAAAUAA